AUGGAAAGAGAUAGCGAGAAAUAUCAUGAUCGUCCAAACGUAAACGAUAAUGCUUUCGCGCAAGCCGGCGUUCGACAGGUCGAGGCCAUCACAGCAGUUUGGAGUACCAGGAUGCUAUGGACCGUCUUUGUAUUACUCUACGUAAUUAAUGUUAUCGAUGCGAUCCUCCAACACAUCCAAUCUUCGCUUACUCCCUACGUAACGUCGGCCUUUGCGCAGCAUGGCCUGCUUGCCACCACAAGCGUUGUGUCGUCCAUCGUCGGCGGCGUCUGCCAACUCACGAUUGCCAAAGUCAUUGAUAUAUGGGGCCGUGGCCAGGGCUACACCGUCAUGCUCGUGCUCUGCGUUGUCGGGCUGACUAUGAAGGCAACUUGCGACAGCGUGGAGAUGUAUGCUGCAGCGCACACACUGUAUUGGAUAGGCCAUAUUGGCAUCGGCUACAUCAUAACAGUUGUGCUCGCUGAUAUGACAACGCUGCAGAACCGUACGAUCAUGUUUGGAAUUAACACGACACCAUCGAUCAUAAGCACUUUUGCCGGGCCCAAAAUUGCUGAGUUAUUCUUGCAAAAAGUUAACUUCCGUUGGGCAUUUGGUGGAUUCUCCAUAAUCUUGACCGCCUUUUCAUUACCUAUUCUCACCGUCUUCUUCCUCCAUCAACGCAGAGCUAUUAGCCUCGGUGUUAUCGAGAAGGAAACCACAAAGCGGAGUGCCUGGGCAUUGAUGGUGUAUUAUUUUUGGCAAUUUGACACUGUUGGCCUUUUCCUUGUCACAGCCGGAUGGUCUUUACUGCUUUUACCGUUCAGUAUCGCGCGAUCAGCGCCCCGGGGGUGGACCACAGGUUACAUCAUCGCAAUGAUCGUGCUUGGUGUGCUCAUACUUAUCGCCUCUAUCUAUUGGGAAAGGUCAUUCGCCAAGAUUCCGUUCUUCCCUUGGCAGUUCCUCAAAAACCGAACUGUAUGGGCAUCUUGUCUUUUGAAUGGGCUGAUGUUCAUGUCUGUAUUCGUGUGGGAAGCGUACUACACAUCGUAUUUGCAGGUCGUGCAUAGUCAAAGUGUUCGUGACGCGGGCUAUAUCUCAGGAACUUUCAACGUUUUCUCCUCGUUCGUGGGACCUUUUGUUGGUUUGCUGAUUCGCUAUACCAAUGAUUACAAAUGGACUUCCCUGGUGGGAGUUCCUUUUGCCGCUAUGGGAAGUGCAUUAUUAGUUCACUUCCGUCGCCCCGAUACCAACAUCGGCUUUCUUGUUAUGUGCCAAAUAUUUACUGGGGCCGCAAUAGGAAUUUGGGGCCUCACAGCGCAGCUCGCUUUGAUGGCUUCAGUCCGUCAUCAGGAAGUGGCUAUCGCCCUCGCAAUGAGCGGCCUUUUUGGUUCCAUCGGUGUAUCUCUUGGGUUCACAGUUGCAGGUGCUCUAUGGACCAAUAUUGUACCAACUAAAUUGUACGAGACGCUACCAGAGGACAGUAAAAACCUGACCAGCGUCCUCUUUGGGGACAUAAUGGAGCAGCUAUCGUACCCUAUAGGAAGUCCGAUUCGCGAUGCCGUUAUCAUAGCUUUUCAAGAUGCGCAACACAAGAUGGUCAUCAUUGGAGCGUGCUUAGUACCGUUCAUGUUGGCUUGCAUUUUCGCCUGGAAGAAAAUCGAUUUGAGGAAGCGACAGCAGGAAGAAGGCCAAUCCAAAGGAAAUAUCUUUUGAACUUGGAAGCUAGAACCUAUACUUCGGCAUUCCUCGGGCAAACGGGAUCUCUGGCGAAAGGAAUCGACAUAUAUCAUGUACGCUACGAGUCUAUUUAAUAGCUUAUUGCUGGAAGAAUGAU